AUGUGUCCACCCGAAGAAGCCCGAAAGGUUAAGCAACUCCCGGACUCAACCAGUAGCCAGCUUUCCGCCAUAUGUCACCACCACGGGCUCAAUCUGUCUCCGUCGACGAGUCUUAAUACCGUCCAAAUACGUCUACGCAAAGGAUCGCCGCAUCAAAUCUUGGAGUUAUACACCAACACCAUAACAUCUCGGGCUCCGAAAGGCACCUCUGCCGUAACUACCUGUAAUCCAUGCUCCAGUAACUUAGCGUGGGAAGACUCACUAAUAACGGAUACACAAGCUUUAUUGCGAAAGUGA